AUGGAUUUGAAAAACAAAACCGCUCUUGUGACCGGUGCCGCCACAGGGUUAGGGAGGGCUUUCAGUGAGGAACUGUUGAAGCAUGGCGCUAAGGUCCUGAUUUGUGAUCUGGAUUCCGACGCCGGCGAGCUAGCGGUGGAGGAGCUCGGGAAGCAGUACGGUUCACGCGUAUUGUUUUUCCACUGUGACGUUACGGAUUACAUCCAGUUUGAAGAGGCAUUUGAGUACGCAGACUGUAUGCUGAAAGGAAUCGACAUUGUGAUAAAUAACGCAGAAAUAAUGAACGAUAAUUUUUGGGAGCUGGAGGUGGACGUAAACCUGAACGGGGCUAUCCGUGGCACACUGUUGGCCCAGAAGUUUAUGGGCACGGGAAGGGGCGGCCACGGUGGUGUGUUGGUGAACAUCGGUUCCGGUGUCAGCCUCAGACCACAGCUGUCCACUCCCAUUUACACGGCCACCAAGCACGCCAUCCUCGGGCUGACCAAGGCCUGCGGUGAUCCGUUUCACUACAAUGAGACGAAGGUGCGAGCGUUCGCGUACUGCCCGGGGCCAAUAGAAAACUCUUCCUCGCACAACAAACGAUUCAUGGUUCCGGCAUUCGAGAAAGCCAAAGAGCUCGAUAUGACAGGGGUGCAGUGGCAAAAGAUGGAACAUGUGGCCAAAGAAUUGAUACCGCUGAUCAAAAAUGCACCCUCGGGAACCAUCUGGGGUGUGACUGGGGGCAAGCCGCCGAAGGAGAUACCGUACUGCAGUUUGUAAGCGUGCGCCCGUUAAUUUUCAACUUCAUCUUGAGCAAUCCAUCAUCAGCCAAUCAGCCCGUAAUCGGUGGCAUCAAACACCCUUACCAAUAGGGGAUAACCUUUAAGCAAACGCCCCGCUACAUAGUUAAGACAAUUAAGACAACAUUUACUAUCAUCGACCAUUAUAUCAGCUUGUAGACAACGCUUCUUCCUCCAUACAUUGGCUUCGCUCAUUGAAUUGUGCAGA